UAACAGAAGAAUUUCAAAAAACCAAUUACAGUUCUUAUGUAACUUUUGAUGCUCUACAAGAAUAUAUACAGAAAUAUAAAAUUAUUUGAAAAAAAAUUUUUUCGAAAUGUUUUGCAAAUUAUCCUUUUGAAUUACCGGCGCCUUACUUCUCACUCUCAUGCCCCCUCCCCCAACUUUUAUAUUCUCUCUACGAACUGGUAGAUUCUGAUCCAAUUCUGCCAGAUUACGGUAGAUUCAGAAUUCGAGUUCUACCAGGAUCGAAGGAGUACUACCUAGUAAAUCUGUUGAGUUCUGUCGCACGCCCUCCUCGUAAUUUUUUACAUUUGUAAAGAUUUGUGUGGUAUUUAUGGAAAUAGUUUUAGAUAUAUGCAACGGAUGUUUUAGGCAUUUCGGAGAGUGCUAGUAUCAAAGCGAAAAAUACCAUCAAACUCCGAAAUUUUUUUGUCAAAGAAAAAACCACUUUUCUUGCCAAACGUUUACUGUGAAAUUUGUGAGCAUAAUCCUCUGCCAUAGGCGGCGAAACGACUCUAACCUAGGGAGACUCAACAUUUUUUUUUAAACAAUGAUCGGAGAAAAUCAAAUAUCCGAGCCACCCCAAGCCUUCCGCUUCCUUUUUUAGGAGAGGCUUGAGCUGUUCCAGGCCUAAAGGCUCCGCCGCCUAUUUCCGCUGCAUACAUCCCAUACGUUUUCCAGUUUUCCGAGCGUAGUAAGAAACAAAACUGGUUAUUGAAAUACGCUAAGAAUAGCUCUCUGUUCCUAUCGAAUAAAAUGAAAAUCAAUAAGGGAAAAUGUUCUUUAUAAAGAACGGUUUCCGCUGGUUCCCUUUUCUUUGCCGGGACAGCGCAUAUUUUAACAGAUGUUUAGGCGCUCUUGUUGUAUUAAGCAUUUACUUCCUUUAUAUUUCAUAUCAGAGAUAUUAUCGUUCGUCCACAAUGGAUCCGUAAAAUUGCACAACAGGAAAACGGAAAAUUUCAGUUUGCGGCAUUUAUUCAUGAAUCCAACGAGUCUUCCUACACGCCUUUGCUCAUCUUCAUUAAUAAACGUAGUGGAGGGCAAACUGGCGCAAACAUUUAUGAAAAGCUAUUAAGCUUCUUAAAUCCCAGACAAAUAUUUCUGUUAGAUAAUAGUCAAACAAUAUUGCAAGCUUUGGAAAUCUAUCGUGGCGUAGCAAAUCUCCAUAUUUGUGUAUUCGGUGGGGAUGGUAGCGUGGGAUGGGUCUUAGCCAAAUUAGCUGAAGUCUAUGAUGGUCCAACAAAUCCGCCUGUUGCCAUUUGUCCACUCGGAACUGGGAAUGAUUUAUCACGAGUUUUAAACUGGGGUCGUGAAUACGAGAGUAAACGUUUACUCACAACACUGCUACAAAUUCCAGCAGCUGAAAAAGCACGGCUCGAUCGAUGGCACGUAGAAUUAGAAUCAAUUGCAGAACGACAAACUCCAGAUGUAUUGAAUGGUCCAUCAUUUUUGCGUGAAACAAACCGACUCCUGUAUGAAAAUUUUCAGAUGUCGCCAAAUUCCUAUUUUAUUAAUUAUAUGUCGUUCGGGUUAGAUGCAGCGAUUGCACUAGACUUUCAUGAUCAUCGAGCACGUAAACCAUCGAAAUUUUCUAGUCCGUGGAAAAAUAAAUUGAUGUAUAUCAAUGAAAGUCUUAAAUAUGCUGGUGAUUUUGCAAAAGCUAGCCGAUGGGAUCUUAGAGGUUAUAUGAAAGUAAUCUGUGAUGGUGUGAAUCUAACCUAUUCUCUGCGUAAUUGUCACACUCUUGUUAUACUCAACAUUCCUGGCUAUGCAUCGGGAACAAAUCCAUGGGGGAAAUCGUCCACGACUUUUCCAAAUAAAGAGUUUUCGGAAAAUGAAGAUGCGUUUGAGUUAGAAACUUUACAUGACGGGAAGAGGGAUGAAUCAUCGACGCCGACUACCAUGGAUCGACAAGAUUUUGGUGAUAAAAAACUUGAAAUUGUCGGCCUAUCAGCAACACAUAUGGGCCUUAUACACGUUGGAUUUCAUGGUCAACGCAUUGCUCAAUGUAGUCGUUUAACAAUUGAACUACAAACACCGAUGUUAGCUCAACUGGAUGGUGAACCAUUUUACAUACCGGCUUCCGUCGUUGUAAAAGUGACACAUUCGGGUCAAGUUAUGGUGCUUCGAUAUAAUUCAGUUUAA